UAUCUAUCUAAAUUAUAAAUAUUGCAUCGACAAUUACCCUAUAUUAGACGUUCAACUAACUGCUGAAGAACCAAGAUUCGUAUGAAGAUAAAUAAGAAAAAUAGAAAAAUAGAAAGAGAGAGAUGACAUUAUUACAAGUGCAUUGUUUGCCCUUUAAACAUAAACUUGAAAUAUGUGAUGAAUUAAUAGAAGACUUGAGAAAAGCGAUAACUAAUGAUAAAUACUUGGAACAAUCUGAAAUUGAGGAAAAGAUUGAUGCUCUAUGUAAAUGGUUAUGUACAACACCUAAGAAGAGCUUUUAUAGACUAGAUCGUUUUACGGAUUAUUAUACGAACGAUCUGGAUAAUUUAUAUAAAGCAUUAAAGCAAGAUGGCAAACCGGAUCCAUCUAUUCACUUCUUACCAGAUCUUCCAAAUGGAAUAAUUGCAGUCGACAGUUGGGAUUUUUCGGUAUCUCUUGAUUUAAAGAUAUAUCCAGAUGAAAUUAUUGUUGAUGCUAUAUGUGGUGCGGCUGUGCUAAGAGGUUCUCAUGUUUAUGCUCCUGGCGUUAUUGGAAUGCCAAAUGGUUUAAGCAUUAAUACUAAAAUUAGUGUAUUCGCUGAUGUUACUGGUCAAUGUAAGAAAGGUUUAAUUAAACCAUAUGCAAAUAGUAAUAAGAUAUAUUUAGGUAACGGCAUUCUUCGACAAACAAGGAAAGAAUUAUUUUGCAAAGCAGCUAAAAAUCCAUGUGGUAUUGCAAUAAUUAUGACUGAUGUAAUCUCACGAGUUCCACAAUUGAAUGUAAAUAAUGAAUCUUUGAGACCACAUGCAUUAUUACAAAAUUUGCCCUCUAUUAUGUGUAGCCUAGUUUUAAAUCCUCAACCAGGUGAAACAAUUCUGGACAUGUGUGCUGCACCUGGUAACAAAACUACACAUAUCUCCUUGCUUAUGAAAGGACAGGGUACAAUAAUAGCUCUGGAGAAAAAUUCAGGUAAAGUGAAACGAUUUAAGGAAAAGUGUAAUGAUAAAAAUAUAAAAAUAUUUUGUUAUGAUGCUACAAAAGCUGUCAUCAAACGAGAACAUAAUUUCAUCCAUACUGACGGACCUCCAUUCGAAGAAAAUUAUUUCGAUCGUAUUCUCUUAGAUACUCCAUGCAGUGCGUUAGGUCAAAGACCGCAAUUAUACAAUACGAUCACGCCGAUGCAACUUCAUUCUUACAUUCCUUUGCAGCGAAAUCUCUUUUCUACCGCCGUACGUCUUUUGAAACCAAAAGGGACAUUGGUGUAUAGUACAUGCACUAUCACAAUAGCAGAGAAUGAAGGAAUUAUCGCUUGGGCAUUGAAACAAUUUCCAAAAUUGCAAUUACAAUCUGUUAAAGAUCGAAUAAAAACAGACAAAUAUGGCACUCGAGGAUACAUUAUAAAUGGUUUAACGAAUGAGAAUGCGAAAAAAGUAUGCAGAUUUGGUCCCGAAAGUGACUCUAUUGGAUUUUUUAUUGCAUGUUUGAAAAAAUGUUCCUAAAAUGAUGAAAUUGAUUGAAGCUGUAUUACACAAUACUUUAAUAAAAAGAGAGAGA